AGGUUCGUGCAGAUGGACGGGCGCCUCACGCCGGCGAGGUCGACGCCGGAGCAGGUAAUGAUCCAGUUCGGUCAGGGCCAGGUCCGCGGGCAGAUGGUGAGGGAGCGGGUCUGCGCCGGCAGGAGGAUCGACUCGCAGUCUGGCGAGCACGCCACCGGCAGCCCAGACGCGGCGGAGGACUCUGCCUGCGUGGCCAUGAACACCGUCAUCGCCAACGAGCUGUCUGCGAGCCCAUGGGCCGCCUUUCCGUUCGACGGCAUCGUCGGCUUGGGCCUCCCGCCCCUGUCCCUCACCCCGGAGUUCAGCUUCUUCGGCGCCCUCCACGCCAGAGGGCUCCUCCGGCAGCGGCGCUUCGGUAUGUACCUCGCGGAGAGUGGCGAGGGCAGCGAGUUGGCGCUGGGGGGCAUCAACCCGACGCGCGUCGGCGGGCAGCUGCAGUGGACCAGCGUGGUGCAGCCGGAGCAGGGCCACUGGCAGGUGGACAUCGUCGGCGUACACAUCGGCGGCCGGACCCUUGACGUCUGCCGCGGAGGAGGCUGCAGGGGCGUCAUUGACACCGGCACAUCUCAGCUUGCCGUGCCGUCCCCGCACGAGAAGAACAUCCUGGAGAUGCUCACGAUGCCCGCCGGCGACAUCCGGGACUGCCGCUUCAUCGAGUCCCACCCACCCAUCCUGAUCGAGCUCGGGAGUUUCAACAUCACCCUCCAGCCGGAGGACUACAUGCGGCAGCUUCCAGCGCCGGCCGUCGCGCCGCCAGGGGCAGGAGGGGGCAGCGCGUUCCCCGCGGAGAGGCAGGAGAAGCUGUGCAAGCCGCGGAUCGUGGGGGUGAACAUGCCGACCACCAUCGGCGCCAAGACGUUCAUCCUCGGCCAGCCACUGCUGCACCGCUACUACACGGUGUACGACUUCGAGGGCCCCCGGGUCGGCUUCGCGCUCGCCGUCCAGGGUGGCGUCGCUCCGAGGGGGCCUCUGCCUGCCGACGCUCCGCGAGAGGCACCGCCGAGGUCAGACGUCGAGGAUUGAGGCUCCCGGCGCCAGGAGCGCCCGGGCGCGCCCGCGGGCGGGCUGCCGGCAGAUCGCGCGCCCCGAACCCCGGCGCCUUGCAGCCAGGGCCCCCCGCAGGGCGCCCGACGCGCACGGCGUGGCACCGCUCGGACCUGUCCAUGUUUCCUCGGAGAUCUUUGAGAAGGAGG